AUGGUGCUCGAGGCGACGAUGAUCUGUAUUGACAACUCUGAAUGGAUGCGUAACGGUGAUUACUCUCCUUCACGAUUUCAAGCCCAAUCAGACGCUGUAAGUCUCAUUUGCGGUGCUAAAACUCAGUCUAAUCCUGAAAAUACUGUUGGAGUUCUAACUAUGGCGGGGAAAGGUGUUCGGGUUUUGGCUACCCCUACUAGUGAUUUGGGCAAAAUCUUAGCUUGUAUGCAUGGUCUAGAAAUAGGUGGUGAGAUGAAUCUAGCUGCUGGCAUUCAGGUGGCGCAGUUGGCUCUUAAGCAUAGGCAGAAUAAGAAGCAGCAGCAAAGGAUUAUUGUCUUUUCUGGAAGUCCUGUCAAGCACGAGAAGAAAAUGUUGGAGAUGAUUGGGAGAAAGUUGAAAAAGAAUAGUGUUGCACUUGACAUUGUCAACUUUGGUGAAGAUGACGAGGGGAAGACAGAGAAGCUUGAAGCACUCCUUGCAGCGGUAAACAAUAAUGAUAGUAGCCACAUGGUUCAUGUUCCACCUGGUCCAAAUGCUCUUUCGGAUGUACUUAUAAGUACACCUAUAUUUACUGGUGAUGGAGAAGGUGGAAGUGGUUUUGCAGCUGCUGCAGCAGCAGCAUCUGCCGGUGGUGUAUCUGGAUAUGAUUUUGGUGUUGAUCCAAACUUGGACCCUGAAUUGGCUCUUGCUCUAAGAGUUUCAAUGGAAGAGGAGAGAGCUAGGCAGGAAGCAGCUGCGAAAAAGGCUGCAGAGGAUGCUUCCAAACAGGAGAAAGGUGGUGAACAGCAAGCUGUUUCCCAGGAUGCAACUAUGACUGAGCAAACCAGUACUGCAGCUUCUGAAGUUGGGACUAAGACAGAUGACAUGAUGGACGAUGAGAAUGCUCUACUACAACAGGCCCUUGCAAUGUCGAUGGAUGAUCCUGCAGUUAGCCAUGAUGUAAAAGAUGCAGAUAUGUCUGAAGCAGCUACAGAUGACCCUGAGUUGGCUAGAGCUUUCCAAUUGUCAGUAUCAGAACCCCCCAACGAUACAGUCGGUAGAUUGUUGGCGGACCAGUCCUUUGUAUCUUCUAUCCUUGCAUCGCUUCCUGGGGUUGACCCAAAUGAUCCAUCGGUCAAAGAUUUGCUGGCUUCCAUGCAAAAUCAGUCUGAAUCUCAGAAGAAGAAUGACGAGGAGCGACCAAAUGAGGAGGAGAAGAAGUAA